GGAAACGCAGAAGAGGUUGGGGCUCUCCAAGGCUUGCAGAGCAGAGAAGUUUCAAUAUCCAAGCACUUGUGGUUAUAAACAGGGCUUGCUGUUUAUUGCACAGCAUGAAGGUUAAAAUUUUGUUUGCAAUGUAUUGUGAAAGCUGUGAUCCCGGGAGCCUAAUCCUGUAAAUGUUUGCAGGUAGGUUCGUCCUGUGAAUGUUUACAGGGAAAACAGUCCAGUUUAUGCCCAGUUAAAUAGACACAAGAUUCGAGAGCUGAAGGCCAGCAGAUUCCACCUAGGAGGCGAGAUUCUGUGCUUGCCUGCUAAAUCUUCAGGCAGGCACAAAAGCUCUGCUUGUGGAUGAAUUAACAAUUGCAGAUGGAAGUGCUGUGUAUUUGGGCAAGGAUUUUCUGGGUUUUACUGAGCAGAACUUUUCAAUUUAAAAGCAGAGCUGCAAAGAAUAGGCAUGAAUUCUCACUUGGCUGCCAACCUUAGUCAGGUAAUAAAAACAAGACUUCUUCAAAGCGCUCUCUGCAGGAGUCAGUGCCAUGUGAAAAAACCAGGUGCGUAAUCAGACAGGUCUCUUGCCCUUUCUAGGUGCUCUUGAAAGAGCGAGUGCCAUGCUUGCAUACUGGUGCUUGUAUGCAUAGCUGUCUAACAUGGAAGAAGUCGGAGCACAAGAAGAAGUAAUUGGUUUGAACAGCUUCCGGAGCCACCGAGGGAAAGACAGGAUUAACCACAGAGACGAGGGGCUUAUCACCAUAUCAGAUUCCUCGGAUGAAGAAUUGCCUGUGAUGCUGGACAUACCUGUUCACCGGCAGUGGGAAGAUGAGGAUGAUGACGAUGUCAUCUUGAUGGAGACAGCAACGAAGAAACUUUUACGCCCCAAUGUGAUCAGGCCAGCUGCUCAUUGGCAAAGCGUGAGCAAGUCGGGAGAAGGUGGGUCCAAGGGCGAGGGGACCACGGGGGCCCCUGAUGGGCAGAAGACGCGGGCCCCUCCUUCUCCCAGGCUGCACGGCGGUCGCCGGAACUGCGUGAAGGGAAGUGGCGUGGCUCUGGGCAGGCAUGAGCGAGAGAAUGAAGUCUUGGAGCUGCCGGAAUCGCCAGAACCUGUCAGGCCAAGGGAGGCUGCUGGGACUCUUCCAAAGCCUGGGCCCAGUGUGGCUCGGACGAGAGAAGCCAGGCCCAGCAAAGACAAGGAGGUCAUUAACUUGGAGGAGGUGGUCUUCGUAGCUGACCAGGAAGGGCCCGACCUGCAACCAAGGCUAGUGCCGUCGCUCGGAGGGACCAUCCAUUGCGUGCAAGAGAACACACAGGCGGAUCGUUCUUAUUUCCAGGCUUUGGAGAAGGAGGCCCGGACUGUGGUCGACCUCCUUUCUCCUCAGCAAGCACAGCCGGAAAUAAAACUGGGGCCACUACCAAGGAUGUACCGAGAGGAGAUUCCGGGGCCCGCCUUUCCCAGGCCCGAACCUCAGCAAGAUGGGAUUCCAGGCCCCGCUUCCCCUCAGCCUGCCUAUCCGCCAGAGGAAAAGGGAAGCCAGCAGGUAGCAAUAAAUGAACAGGCAGGCCCAGCUUUUCCAGUCCAAGGCUUGCUGAAUUCUGGCUCCAGCGAGAUUCCCAAGCAAGGUGCUGCUGAACUGGACAAAGAACUCAUAGCUUUGCUCAUCAGAGAGACGGAGGCCAGGUUCCCAGAUGCAACAAGAGAGUACAUUGAAGAACUAAUACAAAGCAAAAACUGCUGCGACUUAAACAUACUUUGUAAUUUUCUUCUGGAAAAUCCAGACUAUCCAAAGAAAGAAGGAAGAGUGGUUUUAAAUCCAAAUAGCAGCCUGCUGUCCAGCCAAGAUGAGACAAAGGUGCCUAAAGUGGACUACUUUGACUUCUCUCGGCUUGAUCCGCUUGACCAGCGUUGCUUCAUCCAAGCAGCCGACCUCCUCAUGGCGGACUUCAAGAUGCUGAGCAGCCAGGACAUCAAGUGGGCGCUGCACGAACUCAAGGGACACUAUGCAAUCACACGAAAGGCCUUUUCUGAUGCCAUCAAAAAAUGGCAGGAACUGUCUCCAGAAACCAGUGGGAAGCGAAAAAGGAGGAAAGAAAUGAACCAGUAUUCCUACAUAGACUUCAAGUUUGAACAAGGUGCUAUGAAAAUCGAAAAGCGCAUGUUCUUCUUGGAGAACAAACGGAGGCACUUCAGGAUCUACGACCAUCUCUCUCUCCUCCCGGCAGUGCGGCUGGAACGGGAGUUCUAUGAACAGAAGAUUAAAGAGAUGGCGGAGCAUGCAGAUUUCCUCCUUGCUCUGCAGAUGAACGAAGAACAAUAUCAAAAAGAUGGCCAAAUGAUCGAGUGCCGCUGUUGCUAUGGGCAAUUUGCAUUCGAGGAGCUGACGCAGUGUGCGGACGGACACUUGUUUUGCAAGGAGUGCCUAGUAAAGUACGCUCAGGAGGCAGUCUUUGGCUCUGGAAAGUCAGAGCUCAGCUGCAUGGAAGGGAGCUGUACCUGCUCAUUUCCAACAAGCGAGUUGGAGAAAGUGCUUCCGGAAAACAUCCUUUGUAAAUACUAUGAGCGGAAAGCAGAGGAAGAAGUGGCCGCUGCCUGUGCAGAUGAAUUAGUCAGGUGUCCCUUUUGCAACUUCCCAGCUCUGCUGGACAAGGACGUGAAGCGGUUCAGCUGUCCAAACCCACGUUGCAGGAAGGAAACCUGCAGAAAAUGCCAGGGCCUGUGGAAGGAACACAUGAACCUUACCUGUGAACAGCUGGCCGAAAAGGAUGACAUCAAAUACAGAACAUCUAUAGAGGAGAAGAUGACAGCGGCUCGCAUUCGGAAGUGCCACAAGUGUGCGACCGGCCUGAUCAAGUCCGAAGGCUGCAACCGCAUGUCGUGCCGCUGUGGCGCCCAGAUGUGCUACCUCUGCCGAGCCGCCAUAAACGGGUACGACCACUUCUGCCAGCACCCCCGAUCUCCGGGAGCCCCCUGCCAAGACUGCGCAAAAUGUUCCCUUUGGACCGACCCCACGGAAGAUGACGAGAAGAUAAUCCAAGAGAUUCAGAAGGAAGCUGAAGAGGAGCAAAAGAGGAAAAGUGGAGAAAACAGUUUUAAGCGGAUUGGGCCCCCAGCAGAGAAGCCGGCGGAGAAAAUCCCACGGAUCGAAGCCAUCCCCAGGCCGGUUCCACAGAACCUUCACCACCAAAUGCCCCCAUACCCGUUCGUGCACCCUCCCUUCGCCCUGCCCCCUGUCCGCCCCCUGUACAACAACAUCGGCCCCAUUAACCUCGGCCCCAUCCCUGCCCCCUACGCCCCCCUGCCGAACAUGCGGGUAAACUACGACUUCCCCCAAAUGAACCUGCAACUGGAGCACAACCUUCCUAUGCACUUUGGUCCACAGCCUCGACAUCGGUUCUGAGCCCGGUUCUGGGAAGCACCAGUACUUUUUGGAAGUCGCUGCAGGGAAAGUCCACACACUGGCAGGCAUUCGUCCCUCACCCUUCGAGUAACCCCGAAGCACUGGCCGCGCCUGGUCUGCCUCCCCCCCCCCCCGCACCCCAGUUCUUGCAUCAUCUGUUCUGAAAUUGGCCUUCCUUGCUCCGCCCCGGAGAGCGGCGUCUGGGCCCCCGCUGUGAAGAGGGCUGUGCUCACACAGGUGUCCGGGGGCUGUUUUCGUGCAUGCUCUUCAUUUCCAAAGGAAGCCCUUGGUGGGGGAGGCAGGGGACGGCCCCCCUGGCAAGAGGAGGAGGCAGCAGCCCACUCAGAAAGCCUGGCACCCUUCUGCUGGCCUGCUGGGGGAGUGCGAGGAAGUUGUGGCGAGGGUUUUGAGCUGCUGUCGCUCCCUCACGGGGGCUGUUUGUGGAAGGGGUUUGUGUGCUUCUCCGUGGUUCUUGAGGGAGCCACCAAUGCCGCGGCAGGAAGCAGGAUUUCGGGCCGCUUGGAGCCACAGAAUAGCCGUGCCUGAAGCCACCUGCUCAGCAGGAAAUUCUGCCCAGGCCCUCCCUCGACAGCCAGGGGCUUCCCCUCAUGUCCCUCUUCCGCCACGGGCACAGCGGACAAAUACCCAGCCCCAGCGUGGCUCAGGAUUUCCUAAAGUGGUUUUGGGUGGGUCUGGUUCUUCUGGGAGGCCAAAUAUGAGAGCCUGCUCAUCUCACAGGCAUCUCAGCAGAGGAAUUCUGUCUCGAAACAGGUGCGGGGUGAACUUUGCUGAGGGUCUUGUGAAUGAUCUGCACACUUGACCCCUGGUGUCCGAUUCCCGGUUUGGUGACAGGCUGCCUUGGUCCUGGUUGCUGCGCAGCCCCUGCAGCUGCUUCCCACAGGGCUAUCCUCGCAUGGCAGCUCCGCUUAAGUAGCAGCGCGGCCGGGAGGGCGACGGGGAGCUUGGAUGGCAAAGCGGCUCAACUGUCUGGAAGAGCGUUCGGGUGGGCUCUUGUCUCCGGAGCGAGAUUCCAUUCCCCUCGAUGCUUCGGGGCGCGCUUGGCAUGCCCGGGUUGCCGUGCAGGGUGUGCGGCACACGGGGGGAACUCACGCGGCGGCUCUGUGGCCACCAUCACGCGCAUUUGGGGCGCACAGCCGCUUCCUUGCUCUUCUUGGCAAGGAACGAGCCCUUGCACAUCCCCACCUCUUGAAGGAGGGCAGGUCUGCUCAUGCGCACUGUGAAGAGCGAGGCCCUGGCGCUUGCUCUUCUGGCGCAUGAGCUUCCCUGGGGCUGCGGAGCCCAUGCAGUCACCGCUCGGCACCCUGGACCUGCAGCCCCACGGUGAAGAGAGGCCCCUGCUGGAGCUGGCGGAGCACAGCCGCACGUGCACGGCAGUGGGGUGGCAGGCCGGGCCACCCCCCCUGUGUUCGGCGCCUGAGAGCCCCGAGGGCAGGCCCAUGCUCACCUCCUGCCCCACAACCUCUGUCGCCCCUUUGAGUCAGUCUUGUCUCCUGGCCGCCUCCGGCUCUCCCCCACUGGCCCCUGAAAAACGAAAAUCCACGGGGAGGUGGCCCCACCCUUUUGCUAACACAGAAAAUGCCAUUGCACUUAGAAACAUUGGGCCGGUUUUCCUUUUAGAAGCAAUAUGACGAAGGCUCGUGGCGGAAUUUCGAGCAGACUGGUUCUGAGCUGGGCUCUUUCUGCCCCCGCUCCCCUUCCCCAAAGCCUUUCCUUUUGACCUCAGUCAGAGGGCAUCGUGCAGCCUCGGAUGCAUGGCGCUACGACUCUGGACCAGAGGCAAAGAAAAGUGUAGAGGCUUUCCUUCCUACUGCCCUUCCACCAAAUGAAUGUUUUUAAUUUGUUCUUUGUCUUUGUUUGUUUGUUUGUUCGUUUGUUUUUCUUGAACGUAAGGGUGGUAAGGUGCCAGGGCUGCUUUUGGAGGCCUAAAAUUCUGAGAUGUAAAGAAAAUAAUUAUCCCAAUAACCAUUUUGAUGAUGGGCGAUGUCCUUUUCUUUCACACAGGUAUCAAAACAGCUUAGCCUUUCCAUCUGGAAAUGAAGCAAUUUCAGUUCUUCUGCACCCCCCCCCCCCCCCCCAUGCAAACAACAGCAACAACCAUAAUCAAGCACAUUAAAUUCAAACACUUCUGUGUCUAGGUUUCCUUAAAAAUGAACGCAUGUAUAAAAACAGUCCUCCGUUGUUUGGUCCUGCUUCUCAGCAAAAGGCCUCCAUCUCUGGUGUUGUUUUCUAAUUGUCUGUUGCCCGGGGGCUUCGUGCAGGACCGUGUACCAUGAAUGAGGAUUAAACUGGUACGUGGCAAAUUGUUCUCUUGGUGAAACACAGCACCCUUCCUGCAGGUAUGUACUGCACCCAGCUGUGGGACCUUCGAGUCUGAGGGGGUGCAGUGGGCGUUUGCUGAAUCCCCAAAUGGUUGCAUUUAUCCUCAAGGCUGAUACUGGGCUAGAAAUUCUGGUGCAUUCAUUUUCCGUUCCAGUCCCAUCCAGAGCUCUGUUGCUUGAGUUAGGAAUCAUGCUGUUAGUUGUUUGUUGACAUGGCUAUAUGUUUGUUUCUGUUUUUUAUUUUUAAAGGCAUAAAGACAGAGCUGACUAGAUGCUACUCGCUUGGUUUUUAUUCAGGUUUUAAAAUCAGCACCUUAACCUUAAGCAACAGGAUUCCCUGCCGUAACAGUCGCAGAUCAUUCUGAUAGUGCUGCGUCUUAAAAUAGCCGCUGCUUGCUGGUCCUCCCCUGCCGAAGGGCACGAGAGGCCUGCUGACAAGACAUGCGGACGCUGCAAUAAUUCACUCGCAUCUCGGCUCUUUUCUCAGCACAUCACAGUUUUGGACACAGGCGUGACUUGUGGGCACAAUCCUGUGGUUUAAUUUAUAAUCAGGGAUGCUGCUUCUGGUAAUUUCGUACUGUUUUGCGUUCCCCAGCUCUUCCACCUGGUUUGGCUGACUUUUCAGGCGUCCCUCUGCGGUGUGCAAGAGGCUCCAGUGUCCACGGGGGCAAAGCCCCGUUUUAUUCCCAGGCAUGAGCAAGCCCAUUCCACCCCAGCGCCAUGCUCCUCCGCCUCUUCUUCCUCACUUCUCAGUGGGCGAAGAAGCUCCCGCACACCUGAAGCUCUGCGUCGGUCCUCUGCUGUUUGCCCCAAAUGAGCAAUCGUGGGUUAAUUAUGGCAUGGAAAGCCAAGGGCACAGCCUCUAGCCCCUCCCUGGGUCCCGCCUUCCAUUUGCAAGUUACAGUCAUCCCCUGUGUAGUUAUUCGCAGGAUGUUUGGGCCCAGGCACGUGGGUUUUUAGCAGCUAAACAACCCAGUGUUAAGCCAACAAUAACCCAUGGCUUAUCUCCAGGUUAUUUAAUUCCUAAAUAACCGAGAAUGCCCAGGUUUGGAUAUCCUAUGAAUGGAGCGAUUAGAUAUCACUAACUAAAAAUAGAAACUCUGCAUGUGCUAGAAGCAGUACACUUGCUCACAGAUUGUGCCAGUUAACCCAUGAUUGCCCAUUGCGUGCCCAUGUGCACUGCGCUGGCUGCCCAGAGUGCCAGAAAGUCUCAGAGCUCCAGCUUCUUUGCUCUCCCUCAUGCUGGGAGAUGUGAGGGUUAAUUAACCCACAGUCACCUGGUAUGUGUGAACUGGAGUAGAGUAUCUGUGGGUAUUCUGGUCUUCCCCACAGGGCAAACCAAGAGUGGGUGGCCUUCCCACAUGCUUAUGUGCACUUGUACAGGGUCCGCCCUGUGCAUGCUCGCGUGUGUUUUAAGGAUACAGGUAUGGCUUCCACAUAGCUUUUGCAUCAGGGAGUGCUCUCGUGAACACACUGGUGCGCGGACUGUGCCAAGCGCGGAGCUGACGGGAGGGGCCAGCCUGCGCUGCAGGGAAGCUCAGCCUCUGGCACCUGGGUGUCUUCUUAGACCGAGGCUACAGAAUUGUCAGUCUCUGGCCGUGGCCCAUUCCUGUGUGAGCAGAAGCCCUGGGUCCCUCUGCCAGAACGGCAGUGGCGGGCGCUCAGCAAGGUCCACAGAAGCCUUUCAGAACAAAGGGACAAGGGCUGUCUCUGCUCUGCUCUGCUCUGGGUGUCCGGUGAACUUUCACGCGAGCGGCUCGCGGAGCUCGUUUCCUCUGGUGUCCUGCAUAGUUCAGGGAGGGCCCGAUUCUGCUUCUCCCACUGCUAAAAGUUCUGCGCCCCAUUUAUGUAUAGUUGAACAUCGGUAUUUGCAAGGUCCUCGUGUGUGAACUUUUGGAUGGUGACGCUAAGUGGGCAUAGGUCAAAAUGCCGGGCAAACUUGCACUGUCCCAUUUUGUAGCCAGAGGACCCUCCCAGGCAAGGUCGCCCCUCCUGGCCCGUGUCCCUUCCAACUAGAGGGCUUUCUUGGGACAGGACCCUUUGCUCUGAGUGGGAACCUGGCACGGGGCACCAUCACACAGGUCCUGCUACUGCACAAGCCCCUCUUCCUUUUGGUGGGGGUCCCGGGGCAGGGAAAGGAGCCAGCUCCUUCCAUGGGAUGGUGCACAAACACAAGCAAUAUAGUAAAUUGCUUGCCAAAAUGAUCGCUAAGUCGCUCGCCAAUCAUUUCCACCUCCCUCAUUCCGAGUGCGCUCAUGAAGUGUCCUUUCAUUAGGGCAAAAUCCACGUCUUUUGGAGAAACUGAGUCCGCCUGAGUGCAAGGAAGGACUCUUCUUGUUUGAGCUUUGCCUUUUGUAGUGUAUUUAAUAAAGCAAAAUCUUUCUCCAUUCUCCGCCGUUCUUUGCUUUUCCACGAACGACUGGAGGCGCUUCUUGAGUUCAUGCUGACUUUAAAAAAAGACCCUGGAUUUUAAAAUCAUCUGGCCUUUUAUUAUGUUAGAAUAGCACCUUUUUGCUGUGUAAGACUGAAGCAGAGACCUUUACUCUUGAACACGCAACAUUGGAGUUGCCCAGUUCGGCCCCUCUCCGAUGUCACCGUUUAUUUAAUGUCCCCUCUCGGCCCUGCCUUGAACUGUUCUGUGGAAUUGUCUUCCCUGUUAUGAACAGAAUCCAAGUUCUUUUAGCAUUUAAGCAUUAAUUUCUGUUUCCAUUUACGACUCUCCUGUUUUGGGCUGUGUGACUUUCUUGGUUAGAGUGAACGGCUGGUGUUAAGGUCUGCCACCACCUUGGCAAACAAGAAAUGUGGCCCAAGAAAUAUGGAGCUUCCAGCAUGCCUCUCACACCAGAUAUACAUCCGCUGCGUGGCGUUUUCCAAAUUCACCGGCUGAAUUUGGAACCGGUUGUGUAUGCCCAGCAGGCUCCUUAUCCCUUGGCCCCUGCAAACCUGCAUGCCAGUUUGUCUCCCUUCUUGUAACGUAACAUUCCCACUGAGUUAUAUAGUUCUCACUGGGGUAGGAGUCUUGUUUUCUGGGCUGGGCCGCUUUGGACUAGAGGUGACCGCGUCUCGUGAAAGAAUGCUUCUCUACGUAAACAGUUCCCUGCAUGCAAGAACUAGCAAGUUAGGGGCUUCCCACCUAAUCUUGUUUCUUUGCCAUAAUAGUUUUCUACAUGCGGAGAUUUCUUUUUAAAUGGUUAAGCACUUGUUCAGGUGCAGGAGCAACAAAGCCCAGGAUCAUGCCCCUGGGGAGAAUGAGUGCAUGGUGACAGGAAGUGUCAGGAGCCACCGAUGCUCAAGGGUCGCCCUUCUGCUCAAACCGUCUCUCUUUCUUCCAUGUUAGUGCUAUGGCAAUAUGGCAGACACAUCUGAAGGGAGGAAGGCUCGGAGGGGGGCCUUCCAGUGGCCUUUUCAGUGUAGCUUUCUUAAAGCCAUGCUCUUGUCUAUUUUCAGCUUCAGUCGGGUUCCUUUUUCCUCACUUUAAUCCACACUUCCUGCAUACUUUAAACAAACCCAUGUAUCUGUUCAAGUUCUUUCCUUUUUUUGUAUUCUCCUGAACUCUCUUGUGUGUGUGUGUUUGUUUUUAUUUGUGACUUCCUUCCUUCUUCUUCUUUUUUUUAAAGGCCAUCUCUCUUUACGGGUAGACAAGGGGAAGUGUGUUUUUUUUGUAUACCCCAAUCUUGACAUGUUAACAGGUACUUUCUAAUAUCAAAUUUGCAGUGUCGCAUUUAACUUGCCUUAAAAGGUGGAGAGAGAAAUCUAGUAUUUGCACUUAGCAAAAAAAAAAAAAAAAAGAUUAAUUUAAAAAAAUGAGCAAACCCUGUCAAGGGAAGGUGUGCGCAUUGUUCUGCAACUUUGUAUAACAAUAGCUGAAAAUGAAUAAGUGGUUUAUUAAAAAAAGAAAAAAACAGGAAAAAAAGAAUAUUUUUCUUUACCUUCUGGUAGGAAACUGUUCUAAUAUUCUGUGUGUAAAAAGUAUCUGUAUUAUAUUGUAAUUUGAAAGUUUUGUAAUUAAAAGCAACCAUUGUGCACUGUU